CUAAUUUCUUAGUGGAAAAACCAAUGUAACAUUACUUUAAAAAUAGUGAAAGAAAAGAAAGAAAAGGACAUUAAGGGGUGACACCCAACAAAAUGCUUCCCCACACCAUCUUCUGCCCACAAGACAGCCGAGGACGAGUCUUUCCCUGUUCCUCUACCGCCGAACACAACCCCCUCCCAUUACUUCUCUCUAUCUUACGCCUCCCCUCGUAACCUACGCCCCACCCCUAAUCCUGCGCAUCUUCUUCCCCCAUACCUUCCCCUCCCAAUUUCCAUUAAAUCCUAGGCUUCUUCUCCCAGCCUCUUCCCCCAAAUUCGGAGUCCUUAAGGGUCUUUGGGUUUUGGGGUUAGGGUUUUUGAGAGAUGUGGGAUGCUUCAGGCAUUGAUGAAUCUGCUCUCUCUUUGCUGGAGGCCAUUUGGGCGCGGCGACGGUGAGGGACUCAGCUCUGUUGGAAUCGUCGGCGCUGCGAAUAACGGAGGCGGCGGAGGAGGGCGAGAUGGCAAAGAUAACUUGCUUUGGUUCCGAGAUUUUGGAAAGUACGCGUGGGGCGAUUUCUCUAUGGCGGUGGUCCAGGCCAAUCAGGUGCUCGAGGAUCAGAGCCAGAUCGAGUCUGGACCCUUUGGGACCUUCGUCGGCGUAUACGACGGACACGGCGGCCCGGAGACCGCUCGAUACGUUUGCGACAAUUUAUUCAAACAUUUCCAAGCAAUAUCAGUGGAGUCCGAAGGUGUUGUGACAGCGGAGACCAUUCAAAAUGCUUUUCUCCGAACAGAGGAAGGGUUUACCGCCCUUGUUUCAGAGCUGUGGGGUACUAGACCCCAAGUAGCAACUGUUGGGUCAUGCUGUCUGGUUGGAGUUAUAUGUCAGGGGACCCUAUUUGUGGCAAACCUGGGAGAUUCCCGUUGUGUGUUGGGAAAGAAAGUGGGCAACACUGGGGAAGUUGCUGCGAUCCAGUUAUCCACUGAACACAAUGCAAAUCUCGAGGAGGUUAGGCAUGAGCUGAAAGAUUUGCACCCACACGAUCCUCAAAUUGUCGUUUUAAAGCAUGGAGUUUGGAGAGUAAAAGGCAUUAUCCAGGUAUCUAAAUCUAUAGGCGACGCAUAUAUGAAACAUGCAAGGUUUAACAGGGAGCCGAUUAGUGCAAAAUUCAGACUUCCCGAACCAAUGACCAUGCCUAUCUUGUCUGCCGAACCAACCAUUCUUUCUCAUCCUCUCCAUCCAAAUGAUUCUUUUCUUAUAUUUGCUUCUGAUGGUCUAUGGGAACACUUGAGUAAUGAACAAGCUGUUGAAAUUGUCCACAAUCAUCCACAUUCAGGAAGCGCCAAGCGGCUUGUUAAGACGGCUCUCCAAGAAGCUGCAAGAAAAAGAGAGAUGCGAUAUUCAGAUCUUCGGAAAAUUGACAAGAAGGUCCGACGCCAUUUUCACGAUGAUAUAACUGUCAUUGUUUUAUUCUUAAACCAUGACCUAAUAUCCAGAGGGAGAGUGGAAGAGCCCCCAGUCUCAAUAAAAAGUGCCCGUGACCAAGGAUAAGUUCACGACAUCAAACAUAUCGGUUGCCUGCCCCUGAUUUUGAUACACGCGUGAACGAUCAUACUAGGCGAUAACAAACCACCGGAUCCGGAGAUAAUGCUUGAUUUUGAAGAGGCUUUGAGAGUUUUAAUGUUAGAAGAGAUUACUGUAUUUACGGAGUCGUGUAAUUCUCCGUUAUGUCAUAUUUAAAAGCAUGUUGUACUUUGUUGCCUCCCAGUCCCAGAUACAGAAUGCGAGAGCUGCCAUGUUUAUUUAUAUAUAUUUUUUCUUCAAAACUCCCAACUACAGCUGCACCCCCCUGGGUUUAUUUAUCGAAUUAGCUUCCCAGGGAAUUCUGGUGACAGCAUGACUGCUUGUAAACAAAACCAGUUUCAUAACCUACGAUUUCAUGUACUCGACAAAUUUCACUAGAGAGAAGAAUUGUGUGGCAGAUUAUU